AUGAAGUUCCAAGCUCUCCCCCUGGCGACCACCCUCUUGGCUGGCACGGCUUCCGCCUUUCAGCUCGGCGGGAAGGAGAUGCCGCAGCCUGAGACGACAAUGGCUGACAAUUUCCCCUGGCGCGACCCAUUCACAGCAAAGACGACAGACUCCUACGACCACACAUGUGAGGCGUCCAAGACGUUCGCCGCCACACAGUACACUCUGCAUGACCUUUUCGAAAAGCCGCCCGUCGGGCUUUUCCCGUGGGGAGACGGCCUGAAGCUCUUCUUCUCCGGUCGCGAGUACCCCGGCGGCUGGGCGGGCCUCGAUCGCCACAUGUACGACCGCAACCUGCUCAUGAUGGACUACUCCGACCUCCCUCUUCGCGUCCGCGAGUGGAUCGAGGAGCAAGAGCGCACCGAGGACAGCAAUGGCAAGGGCCUCUUUGCUGUCUUCGACAAGCCCACCACCGAAGAGGAGAAGAUCAAAGACCGCGUCACUGUCUCCAAGUCGCCCACGGAUGUCAACCGUGACCUCGACCAGAAGCGCGUCGCUAUCUUCGCGCCGGGCGCACUAUAUCACAUCCUGCCCCUCUUCGUCGCUGACGGCAGCGAUUGUCAAGCAACGCUCGCCGAUUUGAGCAACUACAGCGCUACGCCGAAGGAUGCUGUUGUCGUGUCAUGGCCCAUCAGCCACACCCGACCCAACACCGCCCAGAAGAAGAGGGAUAUCGAGUUCACCGUCAAGGCGCAAGUCCUCAAGCUCAAGGAGGGUGCGAGUGAGGCCGCGGAAGAGUCGCCGAGGGUUGUCAACGAGAAGGAAGCCGAGCCAUCCCAGCCGGUCAAGGAUGAGCUGUAG